CAAGAAGGCUUUGCUAUUUAUUCAGAGUAUUGUAACAAUCAUCCCAGUGCCUGCAUUGAACUUGCCAAACUAAUGAAACAGAGCAAAUACCGUCACUUCUUUGAGGCCUGCCGCUUGCUUCAGCAGAUGAUUGACAUUGCCAUUGAUGGUUUUCUUCUCACGCCCGUUCAGAAAAUCUGCAAAUACCCUCUGCAGCUUGCAGAAUUGCUCAAAUACACCACUCAGGAGCACAGUGAUUAUAACAACAUAAAAGCUGCAUAUGAGGCUAUGAAGAACGUAGCGUGCCUGAUCAAUGAGCGAAAACGAAGACUAGAAAGCAUAGACAAGAUUGCACGUUGGCAGGUCUCUAUUGUAGACUGGGAGGGACCGGAUGUGUUAGCCAGAAGCUCAGAACUGAUCCACUCAGGAGAACUGACCAAAAUAUCAAAGCAAGGCAAAAGCCAGCAGAGGACUUUCUUCCUUUUUGACCAUCAGCUUGUGUUCUGUAAGAAGGACUUACUGAGAAGGGACAUCUUGUAUUAUAAGGAUCGUAUUGACAUGGAUGAGAUGGAAAUUGUGGACACUGAAGAUGGCAGAGACAAAGACUUUAACGUUAAUGUCAAGAAUGCUUUUAAGAUAAUAAACAGAGCAACAGAAGAGAUUCAUUUGUUCUGUGCAAAAAAACAGGGGGAUAAAAAGAGAUGGAUGGAGGCAUGCAAAAGUGAGAGGAAAAGGGUCCAGGAAGACAAGGAAAUGG